AUUCUGACAAACUUCUGUAGAAAACGGCGCAAAAUUCAAAUUGUGUAUGGGAUAUUGAGCCUUCGCGCCUACAAUUUUUAAAUUUGCCGCCUUUUCUACUGACGGAAAUAGCUUGCCAGACUAUGUACCCAAGAGUCAUAUCGAUAUCGAUGCAAUAUUAUAAUAAAGCUGCACUACACUAGUAACAGAUACUACAGAUAGUAGUCCUUAUGGAUCGCGUUUUAACGGGUAAUCGAUGAAACAAUUUUUCUAACAAUCAUUUGUUUACGAACAGAAGCAAAUCAGCGAUUACAGGUCACAAUUCUUUAGUGACUCUUGAAACGCUUCUGAUAAACAUAAAACUUUUCCCGAACCGGACACGAAGUUUUCACUUUUCCCUUCCCUACUAACUUGCUACUACGAGUAACCUAAGUUUUAAGUUUUACUCCAAUUAAGGCGUAAUUAGAGUGACAAUUACAACACUUCUGUAUAUUAAUGAUUCAUCUCCAUACAGUGGCGGGGCAAGCCGGGCAAGACCAAAAUUUUAUAUGGGCAAGGUACAUUUUGCGAGGCCCUCUGGUGUCGCAAGAAAUAACGAACAUUUUUACGUUGUGUCCGAGAUAUACAUAUUAUUUGAGGCGCGAGGCCCCUCGGACCGCGAGGCGGUAGGCGGUGGUCCACGUCGCCCACGCCUAACGCCGCCUCUGUCUCCAUAUAUAUUUAAAUCAUUGUACUCAUUUAUUUCACGUCACAACAUUAAACUUUAAAUUAUUUUAACUAACCUUUUCCUGAUCCUUUUCCAAAAUUCCGUCCUACUCGUUUAAAUGUAAUCCUUUAAUUCCGUUUCCCCGUUUUACUCGUCUGGCUGAAUGCGCCAGGAGCGCGAAACCAUUAAAAAAAAUUAGAGUGACAGAGAAAUAUGCAAUUUGCGAACUUCGGUGGGCCCUUGGUUUUCAAGUUGUUUUCUAGCUUCGCGGAAGGGGGGCAAGUUUACAUAAUAAAUGUUCGUGAAUAGAACGGAACGUAGCUGGCAGUGUCAACAUGACGCAUACAUGACGUUUGCGACUACGUCCAAAGUGAAAAGUUAGCGUAAAUAUUUAUUUACUAAUAACGUGAUUUUAUAUUUUUAAUCAAUUAUGUUGUAGUGAAAUUUACUCCAGAAGGAGUCUAUUGAACAUGGCUUUUGUGCGCACUGACGUGACUGCCGUUAAAUUCCACCAAGAUUUCAUAUUUACAGGUAUCGGUAGUUACACGAAUAUAUAUAGCAAGGCUUCUUUAAAGUAUGUACAAAGUGUAAAUACGCUGCAAGGACAGAAAAUAUAUGGAUUCAUGCCGUCAAAGUGUGGAAAGCAAAUACUAUGUUUUGGUGGAAAACAGUUCACUGUGUUGAGUUUUUGUGACCCAAGUAGAGAGAGAGGUGAUAUAUGUUCUCGAUUGUUCACGUCAGUGGUGUGUGAAGAUUGGUUGCACUCUGGAAUAUGGAUGGAUGAUGAUAAAGUUGCCUUAUUGACUGCACAUAAUACUAUUCAGUUUUGGGAGAUUUCAUCUCAAACCUUGCUAUCACAGCAUAAAAGAAAAGACAACUCAAUUCUGUACAGCGGUUUACUUGUACCAUUACAAGAUGAGGUUCUGGUGUUGGCCGGAACGGUGUUCUCCGAAGUCAUUAUACAUUGCUGCAGCGAGGCAGAGCCACUGCAGCACCUGAAAGGACACAGGGGUGUAAUAUUUUCUAUAUCAUGCGAUCCUCAAAAAGAAAUCAUUGUGACAACAUCUGAUGACAGAUCCUUACGGAUUUGGUCACCAAAUACUGUCAGCAAACACAAAAUAAACACUAAAGAAUACUGGCAACACACAGAAAUGUUAUGCAAAUAUGAACUUUAUGGCCACUUAGCAAGAGUUAUGAGGAGCUGUAUUAGUAACAACAUGGUGGUUUCUGUAGGGGAGGAUGGGGCUAUUUGCUUCUGGGAUUUCAAUGGGAGGCCUCUAAAGAAAAAUUUGGCUCAUCAGAAUAGUUGCAUUUGGGCUGUGGAUGCGGAUAAUGAUAGUUUAGUUACUGGGGGAGGUGAUUGUGGUAUUAUGGUUCAUCCUUUCCCUAUGGUUGAUGUUAGUCAGAACUAUACCUUGGAAAGGAAUGCAGAGGUCAAAAAAGUCGUUUUUACAGCUAGGAGAAAUAUAGUUAUGAUGACUGAUAAUUGUAUAGUUUAUUGUGUUGAAGAAAAAGAUAAAUUGGAAUAUAGAUUGCAUCAUACUUCUACAUAUAAAUUGCUAAGCAUGUCUUUGUGUAGACAGAUUAUUGCAGUUUCUGAUAUGGAUGGGAAUUUAGAUGUUUUUAUUGAAAAUUGCAAAGAAGAUUGUUUGCAAAAUAUUAUAAAAACUAAAUUGGAAUUCGGGAAAAUUCUAUCAAUGCAUUGGGGUGACAAUAGACAUCUCAUUUUCUGCUCACAAAGUGGUGAAAUAAAUGUUGUUGCAAAAGGAAAUGAAGUGGAGAAGAUUUGCAGUUAUACUUUACCAGUUUGCAAAGAAAGAUGGCUGACUGCUGCUGCUAUUGAUGCCAAAAAUAACAUGACUAUUCUUGGAGACAGAUGUGGGAAUAUCCAUAUCUAUAUAAAAGGAGAAAAGGAUCCAGUAAACACCUUUCGUAAAGUCCACGGCAGAUACGGCCCUACCUCUAUAAAUAUUAAGGAUAAUGAAAUUAUCAGCACAGGGAGAGAUGGCACCAUUAGAUACUUUGUGAUAAGAAAUAGUAAAGUCAAAUAUAUGAGUAGUAAAUGCCUAGAAUUUCAAUGGGUGGAAAAAUUCCUAGAUAGAGAUGAAAAUAUUAUUUGUGGAUUUCAAAAAAGAGAUUUUGUUGUGUAUGAUAUAAGGAAUAGUAAUAAGAUGCUGGAAGUGCCUUGUGGUGGUGGACACCGUUCGUGGGACGCAGUUCGACAGAAAGAUAAAGUAAAUGAUAAGUAUGAAGAGUUAAUUAAGUUAAUAUAUAUCAAAAACUCCGAUGUAAAUAUAGUCGGUUUCCAAUUGAGUAAAAUUGUUUCUAGGAAUGUUGUAAAUGGGUCACAUUCUAAAGAAAUCAACUGCCUUCAAUGUUGUACAAGUGGUUUGGAUCCAUCAAAAAUGUUUUACGUUUCUGGUGGUGAAGAUACCACUUUAAGAGUUUCCCAUCUCGAUUCUAGAAUGGAAUUCUUAGAUAGAGUUGUAUAUAAACAUUUAUCAAAUAUAAGAGCAUUAAAAUUAUAUAAAUUAAAACAUGAAAAGGUACUUGUCAUAUCAGCUGGAGGUAGAGCACAAAUCUGCGUCAAUAUAAUUAAUUUUGAAAAGAAACAAGAUAAAAUAAAAGUGGUAUUUGAAGAAGUUUUAGGUUAUCAAAUGAAAGGGACAGAUAAAGAAAAGAAAGGUAAUCAAAACUGGCGAAACUGUUCAAUAGAUUUUGACCCUGAAACGAGAGUCAUGGAUAUCGAAAUCAUACAAACAGAUGAUAAUAAUUUCAUUGUAUUCGUUGGAUGUUCAGACGCCUAUCUCAGAAUAUAUAAUCUUAACAUUGAUGAAAACGCUGAAUUUAAACUGAUUAAUGAAGUAAAAUAUCACAAAACCUGCAUUCUCAAAACACAUUGCAUUCAAUUUGAAAAUAAAGCUAUUUUAGUAACCUGUACCACAAGAGGUGAUACAGCUCUCUGGGAUACAAGUAAACUUAACAAUGAUAAUUUUUUACCAUUUUACACUACGACAACUAAUAAAAGUGGCAUAAACAGUAUAACAUCCAAACUAUUAUCAAAUGGGAAUAUAUUAGUAGCAACAGGAGGUGAUGAUAACACCAUACAUCUAAUUCUAAUCAACAUCCAGCCUAACCUGACCUCUGCCAACUUAACAUCUUCUUUCCACAUGGAUUCAUUGCACAGUUCCCAGAUUACUGGUCUAUGUUUCGCUGAAGAAUAUUUAGUGUCUGCGUCAGUAGACCAGAGGGUCAGCUUGUUAAAAUGGAAGGUUGAAGAAGUGAUUCUGUGUGAGUUUGUUUCGCAGACAUUUUGCGAUGUAGCUGAUGUUCAAGGCAUGGAAUUGAUGGAGGGCGACAGCGAAACCAUCAAAGUGUGCGUGUUUGGAAAAGGAAUGGAGGUCACUGAACUGAAGAAACCAAGUUGAUAUUAAUAAAUCAUCGUCAUUAUUUGUGCUGUUUUGAAUUAAAUAUCACCACUUCUACUUUA